AUGAACGCCUACGCCUCACAGUACCCGCCGGCUAUUGCGAUUGAUCCUUCAUACAAGGAGUUUUUCCGCACCUUUUACGCCACAUCCGACACUCCAGAGGCGCACGAAGACUACGUCAAAUACUUCACCAAGGAUGCAACACUAGUCAUGGCUUCCAAAAUAGCAGUGGGCCGAGAUGAGAUCCUAGCCUUGCGCAAAGCCAUGUGGGAAACGGUCUCCAGCAGGGCGCACGCACCACUGAAGAUAUUUCCGUUUGGUUCAAACGCUAACGAAGUCAUGUUGUAUGGAACGGUAAAAUACGGCCUUAAGGCAGGGGGAGAGUCAAGUAAAGACUGGGCUGCAAGGGCGCACCUCGUUAAAGAAGAAGACGGCAAAGUGAUGAUGUGCUUCUAUCAAGUGUAUCUGGAUACAGCAGCAUAG